GGGGGUUUUUUGUCUAUACCUAGAUGGGCAAACUGUAUCUCUCCGCCGGGGUUUGGUUGUUCAUCUGGCCAAUUCGUGCCAAGAGAUCCUGGGCAGUUUGGACAUCGCCAUGGAGGAAGAUAACCCUUCGCCAGAUCUGAUGACUCUGGAGACCAUUGGUCUCUUAGAGGAGCGUCUCCAGAACCUCUCAUAUGUCCUCAGUGGAGGCACAGUACCCGCUGCGCGACUUACGGCACACACGGAGGAGAAUGGAACUGUCCUUUCCCGCCUGUCGGCGUUGGAGGAAGAGCUUGAAAGACUUUCCUCCAGAUCUGGAGUGGUAAGGGAUAUUCUCAAGCUACGUACGACUCCUUUUCUCUAAAUGACCUGUUCCACUCAAUGUUAAUGAGAUGUUCAUCUCUAGAGGCUCGACAUUCCGAUCUUUUCCAAGCAUCACCAUCAGAAGAAGCCCCGCCCACAUUGAGUUAUCCGAUGCUCCGCCAGAUAGUCCUCGCAUGUGCAAGCCUCUAUGCGACUACUGCUUCACAAUUAGCUUCAGUUAGGGACUUGCCGCUUCCCGCUGCAAAGGCUUCCACUUCGAUGAUUGGUCUUCAACCUCGCAUUGACCGCGUGAAUGAGGUGCAGAUGGAGCAGUUGCAGGAGAUUGCACAUUUACGACGGAAGAGCGCGGCGCUAAUUGAGCGAUGGUACAAACUCAUGAUCUUGGCUGGGAAUGAGUGCUGGUCUGACUGGGAGCAUCGAACUGCCCAGGUGGAGCGAGAAAUCCGCCGGGAAGAAGUUCGCCAGGCUGGAGAUGGCGCGAUAUAAAAGCAACGUGUUCGGCCGACGCAUUGCAUAUUGUUUUUGGCCUAUCUAAGGUAGUCUGCAAUUCCAUGGCUCAAUUUUAUAAGGUAGUUGUUUCGCAAGCAUGGCCAGGCGUUUCGCGGAUAGGAUGCCCUUAUACCAGGUUUAGCGUUCAUCGAGCCAUUACGGCUCCGAAGGGUUUGGGUUACAUUUUACAAGAAAACAUGGG